AGCAGCGGGGCUGGUGAUAGCGCUAGCGGCAGCAUGUCUGGUCGGGGUAAGGGCGGCAAGGGGCUCGGCAAGGGCGGCGCCAAGCGCCACCGCAAGGUGCUGCGCGACAACAUCCAGGGCAUCACCAAGCCGGCCAUCCGCCGCCUGGCUCGGCGCGGCGGCGUCAAGCGCAUCUCGGGGCUCAUCUACGAGGAGACGCGCGGCGUGCUCAAGGUGUUCCUGGAGAACGUGAUCCGCGACGCCGUCACCUACACGGAGCACGCCAAGAGGAAGACGGUCACGGCCAUGGACGUGGUCUACGCCCUCAAGCGCCAGGGUCGCACGCUCUACGGCUUCGGUGGCCUGUUGGGCUGCUGUCCUCCAGCCGCCUUUAGUCUUCUUGGGCAGCAGCACGGCCUGGAUGUUGGGCAGCACACCGCCCUGCGCGAUCGUCACCUUGCCCAGCAGCUUGUUGAGCUCCUCGUCGUUGCGGAUGGCGAGCUGCAGGUGGCGGGGGAUGAUGCGCGUCUUCUUGUUGUCGCGGGCCGCGUUGCCCGCCAGCUCCAGGAUCUCGGCCGUCAGUUGCCCUUGCGCAGCAGCCGGUGCACGCGGCCCACGGGGAACUGCAGCCCGGCCCGCGACGAGCGCGACUUGGCCUUGGCGCGCGCCUUCCCGCCCUGCUUGCCCCGGCCGGACAUCGCUGCUGACGCUGCUCCGCGAACAAAGCCCCGCUGCCACCGAAACGCAGCAGCUUUCCGAACGAUGGCGCGUACGAAGCAGACGGCGCGUAAGUCGACGGGCGGCAAGGCGCCCCGCAAGCAGCUGGCCACCAAGGCGGCCCGCAAGAGCGCGCCGGCCACGGGCGGCGUCAAGAAGCCGCACCGCUACCGGCCCGGCACGGUGGCGCUGCGCGAGAUCCGGCGCUACCAGAAGUCCACGGAGCUGCUGAUCCGCAAGCUGCCCUUCCAGCGCCUGGUGCGCGAGAUCGCGCAGGACUUCAAGACCGACCUGCGCUUCCAGAGCUCGGCCGUGAUGGCGCUGCAGGAGGCCAGCGAGGCCUACCUGGUGGGGCUCUUCGAGGACACCAACCUGGUCAUAAUGGUCAGCAUGUCUGGUCGGGGUAAGGGCGGCAAGGGGCUCGGCAAGGGCGGCGCCAAGCGCCACCGCAAGGUGCUGCGCGACAACAUCCAGGGCAUCACCAAGCCGGCCAUCCGCCGCCUGGCUCGGCGCGGCGGCGUCAAGCGCAUCUCGGGGCUCAUCUACGAGGAGACGCGCGGCGUGCUCAAGGUGUUCCUGGAGAACGUGAUCCGCGACGCCGUCACCUACACGGAGCACGCCAAGAGGAAGACGGUCACGGCCAUGGACGUGGUCUACGCCCUCAAGCGCCAGGGUCGCACCCUCUACGGCUUCGGUGGUUAAAACUUUUCGCUCUUUCCGGACCAGCACGGCAAAAACCCAAAGGCUCUUUUAAGGGCCACCUACAUUUUCCUUUAGGAGAGCUGUUACAUUUUUUAGUGUUUUAAGUAGGGACGCGACGCUCCGGUUUUAAAUCUUGAACAUAAUACUAUGCUUCGUGAUUGCAUAAGAAUUGUCUAAUACGUCGUUUUGCUGACAACAGAGAGAUUGUUUCUGCCAUGUAAGAGACGGGAUUUUUUUGUUUUCCAAAUUUGUUACAGAAAACACUUUAAAUGCUCUGUAAUCAAGCAAAAAGCUUAAUUUUUAAACGUUCGCCGAUUUAAACAAUCAGAAUUGUUGUUCCAUAUGUUGUACCUUAAACUUUGCGUUUACCUGAGUAGAUAAAUUUGGAACGAAUUUAUCGACUAGGUAAAAGGGGGGAAGUUGCUCUGAGAUUGAUUCCUUUGAUAUUUCAAUCCCCCCCUUCAUUUCCUUCUCCAUGAUUUAUUUACUUUUAAAUAAAAGACUAAAUCCAA